AUGGCUUCGCAGGUCUCCGCGGCCCAAGGCGUCGACGAGGGCGGCCGCAGGAAGCCCCGGCUGGCAGCCUCGCUGCAAAUCAGUCCCCAGUCUGCUCCCUGGAGACCCUCGGCCAGCCUACGCCAAUAUGUCCGUGAUCCUCUGACUGAUCCCCGGACACAGGAGGACUGGGAGGGGGACAGGCGGCCCCAGGCCCUGUCUGCAGGGGAUGGAGGGUCUGCCGCAGAAGCCCCCGUAGAGGACCUAGGAGCAGCGGGGGCUCAGGAAGACCUGCGGGAGACCCCAAGGUUCCCUAGGGUCUCUUUCCUGCCUACAGGGCCCUCGGGGGACGUCCGGACAGCCACUCUGCAGCUGAACCUGCCGCCCAGAGAUCCGCCGCCGAUCCAGGCCGUGGCCCUGCUCACUCAGUGUGUGUCUAACCUGGGCGUCUCCCUCGCUUUCCGGGAGGACCAGACAGCAGGUGCAGGCUCCCACUUCUCUGUGUAUGCUGAACUGGAUGGGCUCGCCUGUCCUGUGGGUACAGGGAGCAGCAAGACUGAGGCCAAACAACAGGCGGCGCUCUCUGCCCUCCGCUACAUCCGGAGCCAGCUGAAAAGCCCAGAGCUUCCAGAGACUCCUAGCCAGCCUCCUGUCACCUCCUUGAGUAUAGAGAACAUCCUGACCCAUGAGCAGCGCUGUGCAGCAGUGGUCAGUGCUGGCUUGGACCGCCUGCUGGACAAGAGCUGGCCAUACCAGGCCUGUAAAGGGACGGUGGCUGCAGUCAUCCUGGAGAGGGAGAUCCCGAACACCAUGGGCCACAUCAAAGAGACCUAUGAGCUGGUGGCGCUGGGCACAGGCAGUGGCUGCUGCUCUGGCUGGCUGGAGUUUUCAGGCCGCCAGCUCCAUGACUGCCACGGGCUUGUCAUUGCCCGCAGGGCCUUGCUGAGGUUCUUCUUCCGGCAGCUCCUGCUGGCAACGCAGGGGGGCCCCAAGGGUAAGGAGCGGUCAGUGCUGGUCCCCAAGCCUGGGCCUGGGCCCCCCUUUGCCCUCAAGCCUGGAAUUUUCCUGCACCUGUAUGUCAGCAACAACCCCAAAGGAGCAGCCCAUGACAUCUACCUCCCGCUGGCCUCAGAAGACAGCGUUCUGCACAAUCCGGCCUUCCGCCUGCAGGUCCAUGUCUGUGGGCAGCUGAAGCCUGUGUCUUAUGUGGCACCUGCGCUCCGUGACACCCACGUGGGCUGCCUCUCAGGCAGUGACAAGCUGGCACGAUGGGUGGUGCUGGGGCUGGGUGGUGCACUGCUGGCCCAUUUUCUACCACCAAUCUAUGCUACAAGCCUUGUCCUUGCUGACCCCUGCCAUGACCCUCCAACUCUGAACAAAGCCAUCCAUGCCCGUCCCAGACUGGACAACAUCUUGGGGUCCUGCCUACCAUCUCCCUAUGUCCGCACCACCCUGCACCUAUUUUCAGGCCCCCCCGUAGCUCCUUCAGACCUCACCAGCACCUCCAAUGGCCUGAGCCUCAACUGGAGCCUGGGGGACCCUGAUGUUGAAGUUGUGGAUGUGGCCACUGGGCGUUUAAAGGCCAACACCAGCCCUGGGCCUUCCUCCCGCCUCUGUAAGGCAGCCUUCCUCAGGGCCUUCCGUCAGGUGGCCAGUGCUCUGGAGAAACCCCACCUUCUGGCCCUGGAGACCUAUGAGGCAGCCAAGGCUGGGUGCUACAGGGAGGCUCGCCAGCAACUGUCUCUUCUCCUAGACCAGCAGGGCCUAGGGGCCUGGCCUUCAAAGCCACUAGUGGGCAACUUCAGAAACUGA